UAAGAUUACAGUAAGAGAGGAUGGUGGAUUAUACCUUGGUGGACUGCCGACAAAUUUUGAUACAAAUGUAGGAGAUAAAGCAGCAGUUUCACAGACAUUGGAUGGUUGUAUCAGUGAUGUUGUCAUUAAUGGAAAUGUGUUGAACAUCAAUGAUCCCAAGCAGUAUGAUAUGGCAGAUAUAGGUCGAUGUAGAGAGAAGACAAAAUAUGAUGAUAGUUUUAAUACAAAUCCUCCACCUGUCAUCAGUGAUUCACCUGCCCCCUCUGAAAUAAGACAACCAGAUAAAGAAGUUGAGGUUAUUGCUGUGAAGACAACAAAAGAACGAACACAAGUAACAACAGUGAAGACGGUACCAGAUGACACCACAACAAUACCUACAACUUCUGGCCCAACAUCAUGUGCUGCUAAUACAGGAAUCUAUGUUUCUGAGCCAGAAGCAUUUGCGUUCGGAGAUGAAGAUACAAGUCUUAUUCAAAUAAAUGUGUCCAAGAAGAAAAUCCAGAGGAAGUUUGAAAUCAGUUUUGACUUCCGCACAUAUUACAAAGAUGGACUGUUGUUGUACAUGUCUAAUUGGGACCACACUGCUUUCUUAGCCACUCAGCUAAGAGAUGGUGCAAAUUAUUCUAUCAUUUGACAAAAAAGGAUCAACUAAAGAAGUAGUAGUUAAAACAAGGACAGUUUAUA